UUGAACCUAGGUCCACGGAAUGCUCUGAUGUCAUCAUUGAGGUUAGAGAAUUCUGCUGUAGGCCUGGCAACCUUUGAAACUUAACAGCCCUGGUGAGCACUAAGCAGUACUGCUGGUUCACUAAGUGGUCCAAGUUCUUCAGCCAUUUAGGAGACUUGACUAUUUUUAUUUGUAUUGAAUCAUUUCAACGGAUUUCCCAAAAGCCAAGAAGGGCCAACCUGUGGGGAAGAGGAGUAGUUGGACGUGAGGCAUCUUCUAAGGGAAUCUUCCAGUUGGUACGAUGAGACGGCGACAAAAGAGGAAACAUCUGGAAAGUGAAGAGUCCCAGGAAACUGCCGAGAAGGGAGGAGGAAUCUCGAAGUCACAAGAGGAUCCCGCUCGGCUUGGAUCCCCUGUGGUGGCCCAAGGCUGCAGCCCAGGGGCAGGGGAGGUCUCCUCUGCCUCUGAAUACUUAUGUGCUUCUUCUCCACGCAAGCUCAUCCGCGGUGGAAUCUGGAGAUUACAUCGAGACACUCCCCAGCCUAGAGCACCCCUAGCUCGGGUUCAGGAACAAGGGGAGACUGCUCCCCCACCACAGUGUGUCGCCUUCUCAUCCGCUUCAUCCAAUAAGACCUCUCUGUAUACAAACAAAGAGGAAAGAGGCAUGAAAAUAUACUACAUGCGGGUGAAAACGAUCAAGGGUGUAGCUGUCUCCUGGGAGACAGAGAAACCCUUGGGGUUGCUAGAAAAGCGGCCGAGGAUAGAAGAAGUGACCCUUCCUGAGGAUGUGCGGGUAGGUACUCCCUGCUCUGAUGUGUCCACCAGGAACCUCCUGUCUGACAGUGAGCCCACUGGGGAGGAGAAAGAGUGUGAGGAAAGGGCAGAGCCAUACAGCCCAUCAGGGUCAGCUGCAGUCCAGGAGAGACCCAGGGCCAAGACACCGGACUGGCUGGUGACCAUGGAGGCCGGCUUCAGGUGCAUGGCCUGCUGCCGGGUGUUCCCCACCUUGGAGAUCCUCCGGCAGCACGUGCGGUACGGCGUCCAGGAGGGCUUCAGCUGCCAUGUCUUUCAUCUCACCAUGGCCCAGCUGAUGGGCGAUGUGGAAUCCGAGAGCACCACCGAGGAGGAGGUGGAGGAGGAGGAGAAGCAAGGAGCAAAGGAGAAUGAGGAGGAGCAGCCCACGGGGGAAGACCUCAGCCCGAGGAGACCGUGGAGCCAAUGUCCAGGCUGCGUGCUUCAUUCUCCGAAGGACAGGAAAUUUCCACACAGCAACUGAGAUUCAUGGGACAAGAUCCUAGAAGACGGUGUGGCCUUCUGUUGGAAGAGGGAGAAGAAAGGACCCUCGGGAUAGUAGUAGCAGACAGAGUGCCAGUGGUCUGAAGGAGGAUGAAGGGCCCAGCACUCAGUCUAACAUCAUAUGACAGUAUAAAUAUCAUAGGCAAUAAAGGGCAUUUUCCAAACCUU